AUGGCGGCCGCGCCGCUAGCCUCGUUCGUCCCCGUGCCUCCCAACUGCCACUUCCCGAUCCAGAACCUCCCGUUCGGCGUCUUCCGACCCUCGCCGGGAGGUUCGGCACGAGUGGGCGUGGCAAUCGGCGAGCAGGUUCUGGACCUGUCGGUGGUGGCGGACGCGGGGCUGCUGGGCGACGUGGGCGAUGAAGUUAAAGACACAGCCUGCUUCCACCAGGCAUCACUGAACGUGUUUAUGGCGCUGGGCCGCCCUGUGUGGCAACGCACUCGCACUGCCCUCCAGCGCCUGCUCUCUGUGGACGAGCCAGCACUGAGGGACAACAAGCCUCUCCGCGCCAAGGCCUUCCACCCUCAGGCGCGUGUGAGCAUGGAGAUGCCAGUCGUGGUGGGCGAUUACACGGACUUCUACGCGUCCCGCCACCACGCCACCAACGUGGGCCGCCUCUUUCGCGGGCCCGGCAAUGAGCUACCCAAGCAGUGGUUGCACAUGCCCAUUGCAUACCAUGGCAGGUCGUCGUCUGUUGUGGUCUCCGGCACUCCCAUCGUGCGACCCAGAGGUCAGUUGGGGCUGCCUGCCUCGUCCACCACACCCCUCGCCCCUCUCUUCGGCCCCACGCAGCAGCUAGACUUCGAGCUCGAGAUGGCGGUGUUGAUGGGGCCGGGCAAUGAGAGGGGCGAGAGCAUUCCUGUGGAGGGGGCGCUGGACUGCUGCUUUGGCAUGGUGCUCUGUAACGACUGGAGCGCGAGGGACAUCCAACGGUGGGAGUAUGUUCCCCUGGGCCCAUUCCUUGGCAAGAACUUCGCCACGACCAUAUCCCCCUGGGUCGUCACUAUGGAUGCUCUUCGCCCCUUUAUCUGCUCCCCGCCCCCUCAGGACCCAGAGCCGCUGCCAUACCUCCGGGACCCCAACCCGACCACCUUCGACAUUCACCUGCAGGUCUCCCUUUAUCCCUCCGCACCUCCCUCCCCUGCUCCUCCUGCCACCACAUCGCAUCCUCCUCCUCCCCCUCUUCCGGUACCUGCAGAAACCACACCAUCCACCACUCUAUCGUCCACAGCAUACUUCCCUCCAGUCAUUCCUCCGCCCGUGCCUCCGUGCCCGCACGCCCUCCUGUCCCCUGAAGCUCUGGACUCCGCUCCCUCUGCCGCAGGGAAUGCGUCACUCUUCCACAGGCUGCCGGCUGUAAAUGUGUGCUGCAGCAACUUCAAACACCUGUACUGGACGGUGGCACAGCAAGUGGCACAUCACAGCAUCAACGGCUGCCCGCUGCGCCCGGGCGACCUGCUUGCUUCAGGCACCAUCUCCGGCCCUGUGGAGGGCAGUGAGGGGUGUCUCCUAGAGCGCACACAGGCAGGCAAACUCACUCUGGAGCUCUCCCCUCAAGGAUGUACGGUUGCCGACGACUCUUCCCAAGCCUCCGACCGAAGCUUAGCCCCGGGGACUGUGCACCGAACGUACCUGGAGGACGGGGAUGAGGUCAUCAUGACGGCUACCUGCCAGUUGCCAGAUGGUGUGAUGAUUGGUUUUGGAGAGUGCAGGGGUGUAGUGCUUCCUUCGACAUUUGUCACGUCGCGUGGUAGCUCUAAACUACGGUAG